CCACCUGGUAACACCGAUAUUUUUACAAAAUGGUGGCUUCGCGGAGAAAUUAGUGGCUAAUAAUUCUAACAAAAAGCACUGAAUUUGGCCAGCGAAAUAUUGGAAAUUGCUGGCGAAAACACUCGCAACGACGCUGGCCGCAGCCCGCUGGUGGAAAAGUCGCGGAAAAGCGCCCACGAAACGCGCACGGACCGAGUGAAAAUAUUCGUUGUGCGGAGGCAAUAAAAAACGCAAGCUAGCAACCAAAGUGCGUGCCUGUGUGUGUGUGCCAGUGUGUCUGUGUGCCGUGUGAGUGUGCGUCUGUGUGCUGCGUGUGCCUGUGUGCGUACGAGUGGCGCUGUUGGUGUGUGUGUGCGCAAAGUGUAUGCAAAAAAAGAAGAAGAGAAACGGAGAAGAGCAUUAAAAAGCAACACCAACGACGAGUUUCACGCGCCCAACAACAAAAAAAAGGCAGAAAAGCAGAAGCAGCAGCAGCAACAACAAUUAGCCCACAAGCAGCAGGAGCAGAAACAACAAAAACAACCACUAAAGCAGCGACGACAGAGAGCUAAAUAGAAAAAAAAGCGCAAAAAACAAAAGCAAAACCUGUGUUUGUGCAAAUUAACCAAAAUAUACAUUUCCGGCUGCCCCCUCGCUGAGCAACAAAAACAACUAUAACAACGACAACAGGAGCAGCAACACAACACAACUCAACCAGCCGACCGCCCACCCCUUUCCAUCGCUUCCAUCGACCCAGAACGCCAUAAUCAGCAUCAACAUCAUCAUCAUCGCUUGGAGUCUGAAGUCUGGAGUCUAGUGACUGGAGUUACUUUGCCGCCUGCUGCUGGAGAGAGGAGCUUCGGGUGGAACGCCUCGAGCAUCUAUACACCCCGACCCCGGAUUCAUGUUGAAUUUUCAUAUCGUAGAGGGCAUAAAAAGGCUUAACACUGGACCGGAAGCGUGUUUUUAAAGGGUGAUGGCGGCCUCCACUCAAGGAGAAAUUCGAGUGGGUCCCGGCCACCAGGUAAACGAUGUCUAUGCAAAACUGCCCGAUUAUAAUCCAAUCUCAAGCUUCCCCAUCGACAAGGAAACCGAUGAACGUGAACUAGAGGAAUCAAGAUGGAGUCCAGGCGUUGUGGCCGAUGGCGAUUUGUUAAUGUUCUUGCGUGCGGCUCGCUCCAUGGCUGCAUUUCAAGGAAUGUGUGAUGGCGGACUAGAAGACGGUUGUUUGGCUGCCAGUCGCGACGACACCACAAUAAACGCACUCGACGUGCUCCACGAUUCUGGCUACGAUCCAGGCAAAGCUCUACAAGCACUCGUAAAGUGCCCCGUUUCGAAGGGCAUCGACAAGAAGUGGACCGAGGACGAAACGAAAAAGUUCAUCAAGGGUCUGCGACAAUUCGGCAAGAACUUCUUCCGCAUCCACAAGGACCUGCUGCCGCACAAGGACACGCCGGAGCUGGUCGAGUUCUACUAUCUGUGGAAGAAGACGCCCGGCGCGAACAACAACCGGCCGCACCGGCGGCGUCGACAGAGCGCCCUGCGCCGCAACCGUGUCACGCGGGCGAACAACAGCAAUAGCAAUACACCUCCCAAGAAGGAGGACACGCCGGAACCACAAACUGCGACGACGGCGACGGCGGCGGCGACCGCGGCGUCCGAGACGGCGAGUCGCUCCUCGCCCGCUGUCUCCAAGGAGGAGAACAGCUCGCUCACCGAGGACGACGCCAGCGAGUGCGACAGUGAUUCGAGUCUGACCCACAAAAGGGAUGAAUCACCCUCAAGGAUGAGGACGCGAAACAAGCAACAGAACAACAACAGCAGCACCACCAGCAGCAACAACAACGCAGCCGGAAACGGCAGUGGCGGCGGUUCAGCCGCCUCCGUGGGCACAGGUUCAACCGGUGGCGGCGGUGCCGCUGGCGGCAACAGCUCUUCCAAGGACCAGUCGUCGGCCAACGCCGUGGCUAAUGGCAAGCGGCCCAAGCGCGGCUCCGAGACGCCGGACGCCUCCGGCGGAGGAGCCGCCUCUGUCGAUAGCCCCAAGACGCCCACAAAGGCCGUGGCCGAGAGUUCGGCCACCAAGCGCAAGGGUGGCAAGCAGGACACGCCCAACAAGAAGAAGCGCACGGAGCAGGAGCCCAGCGAGCCGAGCGCUCAAGAGGAGAGUGCGAGUGCCGUGGUCAAGGACAAGCGCAAGCGGCCGGACAGUCCGGUGGAGAGCAUGAACUCGGACAGCCGGCCGGACUCCGUGCUCGACGACGGGGAGUCCAACACGACGGACACCACCACCGCCGAGCAGCAGUCCACCAAGGACAGCAAGGAGACGACGGUCAGCUGCAAGGAGGAGCGCGACAUGGUCACCAACGACCUGGAGGCCAAGGCCGAGGAGAAGGCCAUCAAGGCGGAAGCCUUGGCGGAGGACAGCAAGGACAGCGCCAUCAAGAACAUGGAUGAGGAGACGAACAUCCAGGCGCCGAGCAGUGUGGAGACGAGUUCCACGGACGGACCAAAUCCCAAUGUGGUUUCCAAUCCUGUGGCGCCGCCGAUUACCAUGAAGGUGCCUACCAUCGCCACCGUGGAGGCUCUGAAUGCGUCCGUGGACCGCAAGGAGGCCAUUGAAAAGAUGGAGACGGCGUGCGACAGUGAUCCGGAGAUGCUCAAGAAGCUGGCCACCAUCAAGCAGGAAGCUUCUCCGCAGCACCAGCAGCAGCAGCACCUGCAGCAGCAAUCCCAGCAGAUGCAGCAACAACUUGCGCCGGUCGGCAUCCAGCCUCCUCCAGUGUGUCCGCCUUCAGAAAGCGUCUACAUCAAGAAAGAGCCGUUGGAGGACUCGAUGGACGCCACCUGCAAUCAGAACAGCAACGAACCGCAGGACCUGAAGGUGAAGAUCGAGAUCAAGAACGAGGAUGCGCUGAAGCACAGCUCCGCAGGUAUGCCACCAUCGGGUCCCGGAGGUAUCCCGCCCUCGGCCCUGCACCCGCUGUCCGGGGCACCAGUGGAGAGCGGUCAGCAGGAGCCGCUGCAUCUGCAGCACCUGCCCCAUGGCCCGGUGCCACCGCAGCCGCCUGCCGGCUACCUAAUCGAUGGCCAGCUGAAGUACGGGCCUCCGGGACAGGGCGGACCGCCUUCACAGCCUCCGCAGCUGCAUAGCGAUGCGGCGGGACCAGGCGGCGGAGCUCCUCCAGGGGCGCCAACAACGCCGCAAAAGUAUGCGCCGGACAUGGAGCUGAAGUUUACUCCCCAGGAUCUCAAGUAUCCGCCACCGCCGCCCCUCGAUGCGCUCAAGUACAGCCAGGAAAUGCAGGCGGCGGCGGCGGCAGCAGCAGCAGCGGCUGCCGGCAAAUACGAAAUGAAGUACAUGAUGGAGCAACCCGGCAAGUACCCCGUGGAGCUGUCGGCUGCCCACCAGGCACAGGGCAAACCGGGCUACCAGGACUCGCUGAAGAUACCGGACGUGAAGCCCGGCUUUGGUCACCUGCCGCACAACGUGGGCUCGCCGCUGGACGUCGCGCACAAGUACGGUCCGCCGCCCACUUCCCAGGAGUCGCAGCAACCGCCCCAGCCCUCCGCGCACCAGGUGCCGCCGGGAGCGACGCCACCGCCUGGCAUCGCCAUGCCCAAGCCGCACUACCAACACGAAGUGCAGACGCCGCCGCUGGGACGGCCCUUCGAGCCCUCGGGCCUGAUGCUCAAGUACAGCGACCCGCUCUCGGCCAAGUACGGUCCGCCGCAGGAUCUGAAGUACCCGCCGAUGCCGCCGGUCUCGCAGGCCCAGGGACCCUCGGACGUGAAACCGUACGGCGGCGAGAACCUCAUCAAGUCCUCGCAGUACGGACCGCCGCCAGAGAGUCCCAUCGACGCCUCGGCCCGCUCCACGCCCGGCCAGGACAGCCAAGGUAGCAACAGCAACUCGCAGCCGCCUUCGAUGCCGCCGCAGCCGCAGCAGUUCCAGUCGCCGCACCCCUCGCCGCACAUGCCUUCGCCAGCUGGCCUGCCGCCCGGGAUGCAUCCGCAAAAUCUCAUCCACGGCCCGCCUCCUGGCUCGGCAGGCGGCCCUCCGCCGCCGCCCACGUCGCUGCACCAGCCAACUCCGACGGCCCCGGGCCCAGGUCCGCCGAGCUUGCAGCACGGCCUGCAUCCGAGUCAGCAGCAUCCGCAGCUCUCGGUCGCCUCGUCGCUGCCGCCCAGCUCCAUUGGGAUUCCACCCACGCUGUCGACUAUGGCGCCCUCGCAUAUGCACCCCCACCUGCACCCGCACGCGCACCUGCAGGGUCUGCACCGGCCGCACGACCUGCCGCCCAGCAUGCAUCCGCAUGCGCCCAUGCCGCUGUCGCUACAGGGGCAUCCACAGCACGGUCACGGCAUGCCGCCCUCGCAUGCCUCCCAACAGCAGCAGCAGCAGCAACAACAGCCGCCGGGCGGACCGGCCGGCACCGUGCGUACUCCCUCGCCUGCCCAGCAGCAGCCGCCACGAUCCCUGCACGACCCGCAGUCGUCGCGGGAGCCGCCCAACUCCCAGCCCUCAACCACGAUGGCGGGAUCGAGUUCGGCUCCUGGGGGACCGCCGCCGCAACAGUCUCCGCAUGCGCAUCGGACGUCGCCACUGCCGGGACUCUCGGGCAACGGGCCACCGCCGCCGGGGCUGAUCGGGCACCCGAUGCCGAUACACCCGCACCUGGCCCACCUGCCGCCGGGUCAUCCGGCCCACGCGGCGCUGGCUCAUCCGGGUCACCACCUGCUGUCACACUCGAUAGCCGGCCUUGGACCUGGCGGUGGACCCAUUGCCUUGCUGGCCGGACCCGGCGGCCUCGGAGGUAUUCCGGAGUCCGCCCUGAGUCGUCGCACCCCGCCCUCGCACCUGCCACAUUCACACGCCUCCUCGGGCCCGGUGACGCCGCAUUCGGUGGCCGCCAGCAUGGCGCCCACCAGCGUGUCCCUGACCACCAGCACGGUGCCCUCGUCUGCCUUCAGUCGCGCCAGUCCCAGCGUGCAGAUCUCCGGCAGCGGCGGCGGCGCUCCGUCUGGUCCUGGCAGCGGUGGACCUGGAGGAAUGCAGAAUUCCUCGGCAGCGGCUGCAGCAGCAGCAGCGGCAGCUGCUCAUCGCGCGGCGUCACCUGCGUCCAGUGUGGGCAGCCUGAGCCGGCAGAGUCCAUUGCAUCCGGUGCCCCAGUCUCCGCUCAGCCAUCAUCCCUCGUCCUCCGCGCUGUCCGCAGCGGCGGCUGCCGUGGCGGAGAGGGAUCGGCACGCGUUGCUGCGGCAGCAAUCGCCGCACAUGACGCCGCCGCCGGUAUCCAACGCCUCCCUGAUGGCCAGUCCGCUGAGCAAGAUGUACGCGCCACAGCCGGGCCAGAGGGGUCUGGGCACGUCGCCGCCGCCGCACUUGCGGCCAGGCGCCUCGCCGCCCGUCAUUCGUCACCCGCAGAUGCCUCUUCCGCUGCCGCUGAUAGCGCCUGGCGGCGGUAUUCCGCAGAUCGGAGUGCAUCCGGGUCAGUCUCCGUAUCCGCACCCGCUCCUGCAUCCCUCGGUGUUCUACUCGCCGCACCACCACCCCUUCAACUCGCCGUAUGGCUAUGCCCCGUACGGUCCCGGUUUCCCGGCCUACAUGAAGCCGCCGCCGCCGGCUGGACCCCUGGAUCCGGCCGCAGUGAUGGCCGCCCAUCAUGCCGGCCUGCAGGGUCCGCCGCCGCAACAGGUGCGCCAGGAUGAGCAGAAUGCGGCAGCCGCUGCUGCAGCAGCAGCAGCUCAUUCUGCCGAGAAGCAGCACGCCGCCGCCGCCGCGGCUGCAGCAGCCCAGCAGCUGAAGGCGCCGCAGCAGCAACAGCAGCAGGGCGGAAUGCAGCCCAACAAGCCGCCGACGCCAAAGACGCCACAGGGACCUGGCGGCGGGAUGCCGACUGGAAUGGGCGGCCCGGGAACACCGACGGGACUGCCGCCAGGCGCCUAUCCGGGCAGCCACAUGCCGGGCUAUCCGCCAGGACCGCCCCAUGGAUCGCCCUUUGCGCCGCAGGAUGGCCAGCCGCACGGCAUGAAGCCAACUUCGCACAUGGAUGCCCUGCGAGCGCAUGCCCACUCGGCCAAUUCGUCGGGCCUGGGCGGCGGGCAUCAUCCAACGGAGCCACUGCCCAUUGAUAUAGAGCCGGAUCCGGAACCAGAGAUACCCAGUCCCACGCAUAACAUACCACGCGGACCCAGUCCCGAGGCGAAGCCGGACGACACCGAAUGCCAUCGCUCCCAGUCUGCCAUAUUUGUGCGGCACAUCGAUCGGGGGGAUUACAAUUCGUGCACGAGAACGGAUCUGAUCUUCAAGCCGGUGGCCGACUCGAAGCUAGCCCGCAAGCGCGAGGAACGCGACCGGAAGCUGGCCGAGAAGGAGCGCGAGCGGCGUCAGCAGCAGCAGCAGCAACAACAGCAGCAGCAACAGCAGCAAGCGGCCGCCGCUCAGCAGGCAGCGCAGCAGGCCAAGAUGAAGGCGGAGCUGAAGCCUCCAUAUGCCGAUACGCCGGCCCUGCGCCAACUGUCGGAGUACGCUCGUCCCCACGUCGCCUUCAGUCCUGUUGAACAGAUGGUGCCAUAUCAUCAUCCAAUGGGCCCCAUGUACAGAGAGAGGGAACUGGAGGAGAUCAAGAACGCACAAGCCGCUGCGGCGAGUCAGUCCCGACUUGAUCCGCACUGGAUGGAGUACUACCGACGCGGCAUCCACCCGUCGCAGUUCCCGCUGUAUGCGAAUCCGGCGAUAUCGCAGAUGGAGAGGGAGCGCCUGGGAAUUCCGCCGCCGCACCAUGUCGGCUUAGACCCGGGCGAGCACAUGGUGCGUAUGAUACGAUUGACGAGAGAAUAUCAUGCACACUCUCAUACUCAUUUACAUUUGCCUUUGCAUCCACAGCCGCAACCACCGGAGGCCGGUUUCCAACUGCCACCGAAUGUUGGCCAGUAUCCGCGGCCAAAUAUGCUUAUACCUAGGGAGCCGCACUCGGAUGUCCUGCUGCGCAUGUCCUAUGCCGAUCAACUACAGUAUUUACAGGCCGCCGAGUUCCAGCGACAGUCCCUGCAUGAUCAGUACUUCAGGAACCAGCUGCGUUAAUCCCGGGAGUGGACACACUCACCUACUGACCAAGGCAUACAGGAUCAAAAAGCAGAAACCAACUACAAGAAACUAAACUAAACAAAACAGGACACGAUGGUCGCAAUAUCUUUUAAGUAUCCUCUUCAUAGUGUAUAGUGUUAAACUCCUAAAAACCUAAGCGAGACGAGCGGGAAGGUAGGAAGAUGAUGUUGAAUACGGUCUAGACUUAGGAAACCGAUAAAGGCAAAGGAACAAAAAACAGACAAAACAACUUGGCACACACAAAUUUUUAUUGAGGUUUUCAAACUGCAUAUACAUAGAUACUAGUGUGUGUGCUGCACUUGGUAAAGAACUAGCCACUAAGCUAUAAAAAAUCAAUUGAUUUGGAAGACACGAGGAUAACUGAGCCAAGGCAAAAGCAAAACCAAAACACACAAACUCUCACCCGCACUUGCUGUGCAGGAGGCAAGGUACAUAACUUAGUGUAGGAAAAGGAUUAAGGAUACAUAGGCAAAGAGCGUUCAUACAUCUAUAUAUAUAUAUAUUCGAGUGUAUUGUACAAACGGAUUCGGAGUUUUCUUUCAUUUUGACACUCCUCUACCCAUAGUUAAGCAUGUGUUUUAAUUUUAAUGUACUUCCAGCCACAAUUGAACUAUUUAAAUGUACGGUUUAACAUACGCUUGCUGCUUGACCUUCGACCUUUUAGCUAAAAUAAAAAAAAAAGCAAAAAAAGAAAACAAAACACGCCAAUGCCUAGAUUUUGCUUCCGUUUGUGUUAGCCUAGCGAGCCUUGCUUACCCACUAAAUAAUUGCUACUCAUUAACUUAUUAUUUGCUAUUAUGACUAGAGUAUUAUUGUCGUCGGAAGUUUGUAAAAAGUGCAUAAUAAAUAACGAAACAAUGGGUAUUAAGUGGAAAGAUUGGACGCUGCUCCCCAGGCCCACACAAGCACAGCAAUCUAAAUAGGUGUGUCAUGAUGCCUGCAUUUGAAGCAGCCGCAAUUCGAGUGCUUAAUUUAUACAUUAGUAAUUUAUAUACAAUUUAUUAUACGCAAAAGCAUGCAUAAAAUAUAUAUUUAAAGCGGUUUAUAUUAAAUAUAAGGUCAACAAAGGAACGAGGGAGUGCAGAGAAGGAGCAAAACAAAGGGAAACAUAUUUUUAAAUACCGUUUUUUAUUUCACAUUUUGAAUAUACACAUUGAUAUAAAUAUAUUGUAGCUAUAUAUAUUACUUAUAAAACCUUAUUGUAGGAGUCUUGCAAGCGCAUAUUCAAUGGCACACAAACGACAAAAAUGAACAGAAAACAAAAAAUAAAAUACAAAAGCAACACAGAUUUUGCGUAGUUAACAUUUAAGAUUGUGUAAAGUAAAGAUCCAUACAUAUUUAUAUAUAUAUACAACAAAAACACACACAAAUGCAGCUAUAUUAUUGCAGCUAUAUUACUAAAUAAAUUAUAAAAAAAUAAGAAAACAACAAAAAAAGAAAUCAUACACAACUCGAUGAUGGCAACACACAAAAGAUAAAUUAUUGAAACCUGUAAAAACUAAGUAAAACAAAAAUAAAAUUAGUUACAUUAGUUACCAAAA